GCGAUGCUCACUGUCGCGUAAAUAAAUCUCCACAGGCGUUACUGGUUGGGGGUUUGAAGCUGCCAGUCACCGAGGAAUAAACGGGAUCUGGUCUCCGCCGCCAGUCGCAGAAGAAAUCCCGUCUCUUCUCGGCGCUGAUAGGCUGUUUUCUGUCCGUUGACGCCCUGUCAAUCUGAGAGCCAGAGGGGAGGAGAGAGGUCAGCAGCGGCUAGCAGCGCUGAUCGCUCACCAAAACUGAAGCAGGGAGUCCGUAAAGUUGAUCCAAACUCCCGGUUUCACUUUGAUAUUCGUGCAGAAAACCGUGAAAAACAAUAAGAUGAGCGCCAGCGCCUCGCCGACGAUCGGGGAGCUCUUCCUCACCCUCGGAGAGAUGGGUUUCACAGAACAGCAGAUCCAGGCCGCUGUGCAGGCCGGCCAUCUUUCUGUGACCGAGGCCGCCGAGUGGCUGAUACAGGGUCAGUAUCCGCGGCACACGCUGGUCAAGCAGUCCUCCCAGUCGUCGGAGAAUGCUCUUUCUGCUUUCAACCCGCCCAAGGGAGGAGCGAGCAGCUCUGCGUCGCCCUGUGACGUCGGAGCGUCCCCGGUCCUGAAGCUGUCGGACUCCUCCGCCCAGCCUCCUGAUCCGCCUCCGCUCGAGUCACGGAUCAAACCAGACAAGAGCGACUUUGAGGAGAAAGAGCGACAACGCGUCGCCCAGAAGGUCCUGGCCGAGAAGCGGCAAAAGAAGCAGGAGCGUGAGAUGGUGUUAAAGCGGAUAGCUGAGGACCGGAAAACCUUGCAGGCGAAGAGCCACCCCGGCUCGGCCGCAGACGCGCCGCCCCCCGGCUGUGAGGGGCAGAAACUGGGAGGAAAGAUUCAGACCAAUGUUGAUAACAACUGCAUCCUUAUGAUCCGGCUGCCCUCCGGCGAGUCCAUGCGCGAGCGCUUCUCAGCCGACGCCCCGCUGCGCAGCGUCGUGGAGCACAUCAGCGGCCGCCACCCCUCCCUGCCCUCCUUUUCUCUCCUUCAGGGCUUCCCCAGGAAACGCUUUGGCGAGGCAGAGCUCGCGUGCUCGCUGCGCUCCCUGGGCCUCACUCCCAACGCCGCCCUCUGCAUUCAGACCACCCCUCCAGAGACGCCUCAGGACCCACCGAGUCCAGCAGAACCGCCUGCAGCAGCUCCGGACGAGCCGCUUCCAUGCGUCGUUCCUGAACCGCCGGUACCCGCUCCGGAGGAGGCGGAGGAGCUAAAUCCGGCUUUAGUUCAUCGCCUACCGAACGAGCUGUGGGAGGAGGCUGUAAAUUAUGCAGGGAUACCCAGGGCAGGUCCUCCAGUGUCUGGACCUUCUCAUUUCUGGGGGCGAGGCCAGAGGCUGGUUCCUGGGAACCCAGAGGAUCCUGGACUGGAAGCUGACGAGGAACCAGAAGGAGAAGAAGAACCGCCGCACAUUCCCAACGGGAUGCCGAGGCUGCCUUUCUUUCCAGACAACAGGAUGCGAGUAGGGUUUGAGCCCCGACACCACUGGCCGGACCAAGGGAAUCGCCUCAGAGAUGCUCCAGAGGAGGAACCAGCCGACCCCGAGGAGGCAGAGGGUCCAGUGGCGCACGUGGCCGCAGGUCAGGCUGCAGUGGAGCGCCUGCAGAGGGCAGCGCAGCAGGAGGAGCACGGUGCCUCUCAGGGACACCCGUCACCGCCGAAAAGACCCUUCAGGACACCAAAAGUGCCAUCCCUAUGUGCCUUGGCCACCCGUGCAACUGUCCACCUCAUGACUGCUCCCAGCAUGCAGUACAGCAGCAGCCUGGCAGGCUUGACCCCGGAGCUGGCCGAGCUGCUGCUCAGCCACAUGUCCAAAGAGAGGUUGCUCCGCCCGCGCACCCUGGAGCUCUUCUUCGGCUGCCAGCUGCAGAAAUUGGUCCUGAACUGCUACCCGUACUCCACCAAUGAGCUCCUGCGGCAGCUACGGGCCUUCACAGCGCUGAAGCAUCUCAGCCUGGUCAACUCUCCUCUCAUCACAGAUUCUGGUCUGUCAGUCCUACACAGCCUGGUCAAGCUGCAGUCACUCAACCUGGCGUCCUGCAGCAAACUGACCGACUCCUGUCUGCAGUAUAUCACAGGUUUGAAGAGCCUGAGUCUGCUGUCCCUGGAUCAGACCAAGGUGACAGACGCCGGGAUGGUUCAGUACCUCCAGUCCGCUCCUCCUUGUCUCUCUCAGCUCAGCCUGAACCAGACGGCCGUGACCGAAGCCACUCUGGCUUUGCUGCCCACCUGUGCGCCGCAGCUGCGACUCCUCAGCGUCAAGCAGACUAAGGUGCGCGACAUCUCGGCCCUGGCAGGGAUGUCCAGCCUGCAGACUCUGAAUCUGGACGGGACGGGCGUGACCGAGGCGUCGCUGGAGAGCAUCUCCGCCCACCCGACCCUGACCUCUCUGAGUUUGGGAGGAAUCUCUGUGAAAGACGGGAAUCACGCCCUCGAGAUUAUCUCAGGUCUGAGGUUGACUCAGCUCACGCUUCCUGGACGGCACACUGUGACCGACGGGGGGCUGGCAUUCCUCUGCAGGCUGACCCUGCUGUCCCAGCUGGACCUGAAAGACUACACGCAGGUCACAGACCACGGCGUCAGCCACUUGGCCGCCAUGACCAGGUUGAAGAAACUGUCUCUGAGCAACACUCAGGUGACAGACGCGGGGCUGUCCUCCCUCCGCGGCCUGCAGGAGCUGCAGGAGCUGUGCUUGGACAGAACGGCGGUGACGAGCAGAGGAGUGGCUGACCUCAUCGCCUGUCUGCCUCACCUUCAGGUACUGGGCUUAGCCAGCACGCAGGUGGGAGACUCUGUGGUGAGGAGGGGUCUGGUCCACUGUCAUCAGCUCGUAAAGAUCAACCUGAGCCGCACACGGAUCACAGACAAAGGUCUGAAGCACCUGAAAGACAUGCGUCUGUCUCAGGUGAACCUGGACGGCACCGGGGUCACGCUGGUGGGCAUCGCCAGCCUCCUCUCGUUGACCAACAUCGGCAGCGUCCGGGCCACCAACACCCGCGCCAUCCCACUGGACGACGUCUCCGACGAGGACUGAGGAGCGCUCUGCUCGGACUGAAACGAACGCUGAUGAGCCCGAGCGCCGCCCUCUGCGUCUGAAACGCCGCCGCCGGCAGGACCAGCUGGGAACGGCAUUUAGUAAAACACUCCUCCGACUUGCACUGUCUCAACUCCAGCUAGUGCCGUUAAUCCGACAAUCAUACACGCCGAGGUUGAAAUCUUAAAAAAAGGGAUAGUUCAGAAAUUUAACGGUGAAGUUCUGCUUCUAAGCCGCCUCUAGUCAGUCCAGAUCCACAUUAGUUGGUCCUAGAGGCAGAAGCUAGCUGCUGUUUAGGAGGUUUUCAACCCGUGUUUCUGGGUUUAAAGAUGAGAGAAGUUCCUUUUUAGCAGCGCCUCUACUGCGCCCGUAUUCACAAAGACUCUCAGAUCAUAUCUUAGCCUAAACAUUCCUACUUAAAAGCAAUCUUAGUGAGGAGGUGCGGUUGACCCCUGUUGCUACACUGCAAAA